AUGGGGAAGGAGCAAGAGCUGGUGCAGGCGGUGAAGGCGGAGGACGUGGGGACCGCGCAGAGGCUGCUGCAGAGGCCGCGGCCCGGGAAGGCCAAGCUCCUGGGCUCCACCAAGAAGAUCAAUGUCAACUUCCAGGACCCAGAUGGCUUCUCGGCCCUGCACCACGCGGCCCUGAACGGCAACACAGAAUUGAUCACCCUGCUGCUGGAGGCCCAGGCUGCUGUGGACAUCAAGGACAACAAAGGCAUGCGGCCGCUGCACUAUGCGGCCUGGCAGGGCCGGAAGGAGCCCAUGAAGCUGGUGCUGAAGGCGGGCUCGGCGGUGAACGUCCCGUCUGACGAGGGCCACAUCCCUCUGCACCUGGCAGCCCAGCACGGUCACUAUGAUGUGUCCGAAAUGCUGCUACAGCACCAGUCCAAUCCAUGCAUGGUGGACAACUCGGGGAAGACGCCCCUGGACCUGGCUUGUGAGUUCGGCCGCGUCGGGGUGGUCCAGCUGCUUCUAAAUAGCAACAUGUGCGCGGCCUUGCUGGAGCCCCGGCCGGGGGAUACGACCGACCCCAACGGCACCAGCCCCCUGCACCUGGCAGCCAAGAACGGCCACAUCGACAUCAUCAGACUCCUCCUCCAAGCCGGCAUCGACAUAAACCGCCAGACCAAGUCUGGCACGGCCCUGCAUGAGGCCGCACUCUGCGGGAAGACAGAAGUGGUCCGGCUGCUGCUGGAUAAUGGGAUUAAUGCCCACGUGAGGAACACCUACAGCCAGACGGCCCUGGACAUCGUGCACCAGUUCACCACAUCCCAAGCCAGCAAGGAGAUCAAACAACUGCUUCGAGAGGCCUCGGCGGCCCUGCAGGUCCGGGCGACCAAGGAUUACUGCAACAAUUACGACCUGACCAGCCUCAACGUGAAAGCUGGGGACAUCAUCACAGUCCUAGAGCAGCAUCCGGAUGGCCGGUGGAAGGGCUGUAUCCAUGACAACCGGACGGGCAACGACCGGGUGGGCUACUUCCCGUCGUCCCUGGGCGAGGCCAUCGUGAAGCGAGCAGGUUCUCGGGCAGGUACUGAACCAAGCCCAUCCCAGGCAGGCAGCUCACCGGGGCCCUCUGCGCCCCCCGAGGAGAUCUGGGUGCUGAGGAAGCCUUUUGCAGGUGGGGACCGCAGCGGCAGCCUGGGCAGCGUGGCUGGUGGACGAAGCAGUGGGGGCCACACCCUGCAUGCGGGCUCCGAAGGGGUCAAGCUCCUGGCGACGGUCCUGUCGCAGAAGUCGGUCUCUGAGUCCAGCCCUGGGGACGGCCCCGCCAAGCCUCCAGAGGGCUCCACGGGUGCAGCCCGGUCCCAGCUCCCAGCGGCCCACGCAGGGCAGGUGUAUGGGGAGCAGCCACCCAGGAAGCUGGAGCCAGCCUCGGAGGGCAAGAGCGCCGAGGCCGUCGGCCAGUGGCUCGCCACGUUCCAGCUGCAACUCUAUGCCCCCAAUUUCAUCAGCGCUGGCUACGACCUGCCCACCAUCAGCCGCAUGACCCCGGAGGACCUCACGGCCAUCGGGGUCACCAAGCCAGGCCACCGGAAGAAGAUCACCGCAGAGAUCAGCGGCUUGAGCAUUCCCGACUGGCUGCCUGAGCACAAACCCGCGAACCUGGCUGUGUGGCUGUCCAUGAUCGGCCUGGCCCAGUACUACAAAGUGCUGGUGGACAACGGCUAUGAGAACAUCGACUUCAUCACCGACAUCACCUGGGAAGACCUACAGGAGAUCGGCAUCACCAAGCUGGGCCACCAGAAGAAGCUGAUGCUGGCAGUGAGGAAACUGGCGGAGCUGCAGAAGGCAGAGUACGCCAAGUUCGAGGGGGGACCCCUGCGCCGGAAGGCCCCGCAGUCGCUCGAGGUGAUGGCCAUUGAGUCACCUCCCCCGCCCGAGCCUGCCCCGGCUGACUGCCAGUCUCCCAAGAUGACCACCUUCCAGGACAGCGAGCUCAGUGGUGAGCUGCAGGCUGCCAUGACUGGCCCGGCCGAGGGGGGCGCCGCCGCCGCCGCCGCCGCCACCACCGCCACCACUGCCGAGAAGCCCUCCAACCACCUGCCCCCGACGCCGAGGGCCUCCGUGCGGCAGGAGCCCAGCCUGGGUGGACAGGCGCGGCACAUGAGCAGCUCUCAGGAGCUGCUGGGGGACGGGCCCCCUGGGCCCGGCAGCCCCAUGUCGCGAAGCCAGGAGUACCUGCUGGACGAAGGGCCAGCCCCUGGCACCCCACCCAAGGAGACCCGGCCCAGCCGCCACGGCCACAGCGUCAAGCGGGCCAGCGUGCCUCCGGUGCCUGGCAAGCCGCGGCAGGUCCUUCCGCCAGGUGCCAGCCACUUCACACCUCCCCAAACGCCCACGAAAGCCCAGCCGGGCUCCCCUCAAGCCCUGGGGGGGCCUCAUGGCCCAGCCCCAGCCACAGCCAAGGUGAAGCCCACCCCGCAGCUGCUGCCACCAACAGAACGACCCAUGUCACCCCGUUCGCUGCCUCAGUCACCCACACACCGCGGCUUUGCCUACGUGCUGCCCCAGCCCGUGGAGAGCGACGCAGGGCCGGCCGCUCCCGGGCCCGGGCCCGUGCCCGUGCCCGCGGCCGCCCCCCCGCCCGUGCCCACACUGUGCCUGCCUCCGGAGGCUGACGCGGAGCCAGGGCGGCCCAAGAAGCGUGCCCACAGCCUGAAUCGCUAUGCGGCAUCCGACAGCGAGCCAGAGCGGGACGAGCUGCUGGUGCCAGCCGCCGCAGGGCCCUAUGCCACCGUCCAGCGGCGCGUGGGCCGUAGCCACUCGGUGCGAGCGCCCGCCGGAACCGACAAGAACGUCAACCGCAGCCAGUCCUUCGCGGUGCGGCCCCGAAAGAAGGGGCCGCCCCCGCCCCCGCCCAAGCGCUCCAGCUCAGCCAUGGCCAGCGCCAACCUGGCAGAUGAGUCGGCGCCAGAUGCUGAGACGGAAGGGGCUGGGACCGAGGAUGGCCGGCUGGGCGUCCGGGCACAGCGCCGGCGGGCCAGCGACCUGGCUGGCAGCGUGGACACAGGCAGCGCUGGCAGCGUGAAGAGCAUCGCAGCCAUGCUAGAGCUGUCAUCCAUUGGGGGUGGGGGCCGAGCAGCCCGCAGGCCCCCCGAGGGCCACCCCACGCCCCGCCCCGCCAGCCCGGAGCCAGGCCGGGUGGCCACGGUGCUGGCCUCGGUGAAGCACAAGGAAGCCAUUGGGCCUGACGGCGAGGUGGUGAACAGGCGCCGCACCCUCAGCGGGCCUGUCACGGGACUCCUGGCCACCGCCCGCAGGGCGCCUGGGGAGUCAGGGGGGCCUGCAGACCACGGCCACUUUGUGGAGGAUGGGAGCGCCCGGCAGCGGUCUCGAGGUCCAGCCAAGGGAGAGGCGAGUGGGGAGGGCCCGCCCCUGGCCAGAGUGGAGGCCAGUGCCACGCUCAAGAGGCGCAUCCGAGCCAAGCAGAGCCAGCAGGAGAGCGUCAAGUUCAUCCUGACGGAGUCUGACACGGUCAAGCGCCGGCCCAAGGCCAAGGAGCGGGAAGCAGGUCCUGAGCCGCCGCCGCCACUGUCUGUGUACCAGAAUGGCACGGGCACCGUGCGCCGCAGGCCGACCUCUGAGCAGACUGGGCCCCCGGAGCUGCCCCCGCCGCCCCCACCUGCAGAACCCCCGCCCUCCGACCUGAUGCACCUUCCCCCGCUGCCCCCACCUGACACGGAUUCCCGGAAGCCAGCCAAGCCGCCUGUCUCUCCCAAGCCCAUGCUGGCUCAGCCUGUUCCCAAGAUCCAGGGCUCACCCACACCUGCCUCCAAGAAGGUGCCGCUGCCAGGUCCUGGCAGCCCAGAGGUGAAGCGCGCCCACGGCACGCCGCCGCCCGUGUCUCCCAAGCCGCCGCCGCCGCCCACGGCGCCCAAGCCGGCCAAGGCCGCGGCGGGGCUGCAGUCGGGCAGUGCCAGCCCGUCGCCCGCGCCCUCGCCGGCUCGCCAGCCACCCGCCGCCCUCGCUAAGCCGGCCAGCACGCCGCCCUCGCUGAGCGCCAGCCCCGCCAAGCCCCCGUCCCCCGGCGCGUCCGCGCUGCACGUGCCCGCCAAGCCACCGCGCGCCGCCGCCGCCGCCGCCGCCGCCACCACCACCACCACCGCCACCGCCGGGCCCCCCGCCGCGCCCGACGGCGCCUCGCCGGGAGACAGCGCCCGGCAGAAGCUGGAGGAGACGAGCGCGUGCCUGGCGGCCGCGCUGCAAGCCGUAGAGGAGAAGAUCCGGCAGGAGGACGCGCAGGGCGCGCGCCCCUCGUCCGCGGAGGAGAAGAGCACCGGCAGCAUACUGGACGACAUCGGCAGCAUGUUCGACGACCUGGCCGACCAGCUGGACGCCAUGCUGGAGUGACGCGGCUGCUCACGUCGGGCCCGCCCGCGCCGCCCGGGGCCCCCGGCCCGCACACUGACCUUUACCUCAGGGUGGGCACCUCUGGGCGCAGCGCGAGCGGGCAGGGCGGAGGGCCGACGGGGGCCAGGCGGGCAGGGGCGGGCCCGUGCUGCCCAUCCCCUGCACAAGCACAACUCCUGCCCCCAGGGCCCAGGCCGGACGGCCGGCCUGGAGGACUGCCUGGCCA